AUGUGGCUUCUCGCUCCUUCGACGACUUCAUCGGAGGCUGCACCCCUUGUCUAUGUGAUUCCGAAUCGAAGCUAUACAGUUGGCAGAAAGCGUGAUGAAUGCGAAGUCUUUGUGGAUAACGAUAAGAGCAUUUCCCGAAAACAUGCUGUAUUUUCAAUGGAAGAUGUCAAUGUAAAACAAGUAUUAAUACAAACACAAUCCGAUCCAAUUAUUAGACCGGUAUUAUCACUUACCGACCAUUCAAAGUACGGAACGUUUGUUUUGAAAAAUGGAAAUUAUGAAAAGAUUGGAGAAAACAACAAAAUAGAGAUAGUAGAUGUUGCAACAAUUCGCUUUGGCGUUUAUGAGUCAGUUUACUCAGCAUCUUAUCAACUUAUUGUGUUUUGUGUGUCAAGAAUUGACCAAAAAGACAGAAAAAAGCUUGCAAAUCAGUGUAAAACAAUUGAUGCCAAAUAUGCAACGAUAUGGACUCCACAUUGCACUCACCUCAUUGUGAACGAAUCAGACUUUGCCAUCACAGAAAAGUUAGCACUUGCUUUGCUUCUUGGCAUUCCUAUUGUCACCAUGUCAUUUGUGGAUGAAUUAGAAAAGACUCUCACAAGUAACUCACCAAAUAUUAAACUACCAGAUCCAGACAAUUUUGCACCAUCAUCUGAUAAGAGUGGAUGGAAGGAUAUAGGUUUACAAUCUCCGCCAGACUUGAAACAAGAUCCAAAACGGAAAAUUUUAUGA